AUGAUCCUCGGGCCCGUAUCUCUCAUCGACUGCCUCGUCUUCUGUAUCUACCUCACUCCACAGCUCCUCUACCAAGCAGGCUUUUUCCCUACCGCAGCCGUCGUUCUCAGGGUCAUCCCAUUUCUAUUGGUCACGCUUCCUAUCCAGUUCGUGUGGAACCGCUAUUGCAGGAGCUAUGCUUCGCACAAGUCAUCGUACCUAAAAGGCUCUACCAUCUUCGAAGACGUCGUCGUGCGGUGCGUGCGAUAUGCAUUCGCCAGCAUACCAGCCAACGUCGGCAGGGUCUUCUUUUCCAAGGACGUGGCGCUGCCCUUUUUAAGAUGGCGCAUGAAGAGACAUGGAUAUAAAGACUUUCCAGUCUAUUGGAAAGAAACCAUUGAAGAGGGAGACGCAAAGGUCAAGGGAAUCUGGAUCAAACAACGCGGCGAGGAUGAGCCGGAUAUUGUGAUUUACUACGCCCAUGGCGGCGGGUUUGCCAUGGGAUCGAGCUACUUCUACUUUGAGUUUCUUCUGGCAUGGCAUAGCCUAUUGGUUGAUGCCGGCUAUCAAAACCCUGCCAUCUUUGCCUUGGAUUACAGCCUAGUUCCGGAUGAGAUUUAUCCUACGCAGAUUCUUCAGACGCUCCAGGGCUACAAGCACGUGUUGGAAGUGGCCAAGGAUGCCUCCAAGGUGUGUGUUGCCGGAGACUCUGCCGGUGGCACGUUGAUCCUCAGCAUGCUGCUUGAGGUUGGGAUGCAGGUGCAGAGCCAGCAGGCCAUGGGAGUGAAGUUGGGCAAGAAGGGCAUGCCGGAGGGGAUCCGACCAGAUUUUGCCAUCCCGCGAAUGGCCAUGCUCAUCUCUCCUUGGAUCACGUUGGCUUCGAGCCUCCACUUCCCAUCCCCUGUCGACUACUUGAAUAGAGGCACCCUCUGGAAAUACGGGCACCAAUACGCUGGAGACACAAUGAUACAUGGUGGCAUGGCGUCGCCCGGAAGGUGUGACGACGUCAAGCUGUGGAAAGCAGCCAGCCCAGAGCGCGGCUAUUUUAUCACGUACGGCGGGGAAGAGGUCCUGGCGCCGGAUAUCGAGAACUUCGUGGGGCGGUUGGGCGCCGGCAAGGUUGAAAUCGAAGCUCGGCGGUUCGACGGUGCGAUUCAUGCAUGGCCCGUGGCGUCGCUUUUCCUGUCCAGCACGAGGAGGAAGCGGCUGUACGGGCUGCGGACUAUAGUAGGAGAGAUUAGAAAACGAUUCGACAAAGCACCGGCAGGCAAAGUGAAGUGGGACGGGAGGCUGUCAGAUUAG